AUGUCAGAGAGCAUCCCUGAUUACCUAAACCUGAAUAAGAAAAGAACUGAAAGGAAGAGAAUAGGCCGAUCCUUGGAGAAAUUUAGUUCGAAUAAUACUAACUCCUCCAAUAUUACCUCCUCUCACUCAAGAACAAGGAUCAGUAGUGUGUUUAAAUUAAAGCUCCAAAGUUUAAACGAUGCCAGGAACAAAAAGAAAUAUAGCCAAAGUAUGGUCAGGUCGAAGAAAUUCGAAGUCGGGUCUGAUAAGAUUAGCUCACAUAGAGGUGAGAGUAUUGAAAAGUCCUCAUCAAUCAUUCUUAAGAAGCACAGGGUUUUGAAAUAAUAGGUUUUCUAAAGCCAAAGCCCUCUCUAAGAUUGAAGACCAAAAAUCAAUCCAAUCGAUAUCGAAAGGAGGAAUACAAGGAAUCAUUACUCCUGUUGUACAAAUUUCUUACAAUCAAAUCAAGAGUGGGAAAGAUGUAAUUGGAAGAGGCUCUAAAAGCUCUGAGGCUGCCCAUAAACCUUUGAAUAGCCAGAGAGGGAUUAGACUUGAUCUUCUGCAUAACUUUGGGGGAAAAGGAGUUCGUACAGAAUCAGAAAAGAGAAAGAAAGGAAGCUUUAUGUCUAAUCUUGAGACCCUUGCAAAUAAGACACCUAAGCUUUUAUCUAAGAAACCUGACACUCAUAAGGCAUUGUUCAAGCCAAACUUCAACCUUGAUGAUAAUCCAGAUGAUGGGGUUGAUGAGUGAAUGCCUGGUGAAAGCACAUUAUCUAAUCGUGCUAAUUCAGUUAAUGAAAGCUUUCAAAUGACUAAAAGAACCUUGAGCAGUAUGCAAAAAUCUUGCGAUCUAAAAGUGGUUGUAAACAAACCAUCAAGCAAGAUUUUCAAUCGGUUUAAAGAUAAAGUCAAAAAUUCAACUUCAACGACUCUCAACGCUGUAAAAAUUGUAUCGAUAAAUAAUCUAACUGACUCUACAAAAAGUGCUGAAACAAGUCACACAAAGAGAUACUUUUCUAAGAAACAGGCAAUAUCUUCAGAAGGUAAUCUGAAGAUCAACCCUACUCCGGAGUCAGGAAACUUUAAGUUGAACUCCUCAUGCAAUAACAACUCAAUUUCAUCGCUAAAAUUGAAUGAGAAGAACUUGCAGAUAGAUUUGGGGAAUCAGACAAAGACUGAUUUCUUCUACUCUCCUUUAGUUCGUGACAGAAGUCAUACAAUGAUAGCUGGAAAGGAGAUGAUAUUCCAUAAGUGUAAGUCUUCUCAGUCGAUUUCAUCGACUGAGAAAGGUAACACAGGGAAUCUGAAAUCAUCUCAAUGUGGGCUUCCAAAUACUCCCUUCCGAAAUAUUAAGCCCUCCAUGAGGAAAUAUCAUUACAAAGGUAUCCCUGGUCCUUUAGGUCAGGAGUGCGAUGACUUCGAAGGAGCGUAUAAGUCCUCUAACAGAGCCAGAGGGAGUAUUACUAAAGAGAAACCCAGUGGUAAAGCAAUAAGGCAGAUUAAAAACAAUGCUGAUGUCCAAAAAGUCCGUGAUGCAAUUCUCAGCUCCAUCGAUAACUCAAAUACAGAGUAUGGUUCUUAUGAGCGUCGGAAGUUGAGGUUCCUCAACUCUAUAGAUGAGAAUAAAGAUCAAGACCUACUUAAGAAAAAGUUCAGAGAUUCUCAAUCCAAACAGAAAGAUAAAGGAUUAAAAUAACACUGGAGACCUUCUUGAAAAAUGAAUUGCUGUACAAAAUAGUCUAAAUCUCCAUUUGACUCAUAAAGCUCAAUCUAAUUCUGAAAAAGAAUCAGAUAUGGAGCUCAGAAUUCCCACUGGAAUACGGAAGAUUGGGUGAAAAGCUGAUACUGUCCAGAAGGUGCAGGUGUAUUUAUCAUCUCACUACAAUAUCAAUUCAUCUACAGAGAAUAUUAAUAAUAAGUAAGGAAAGUAAUAACACAGAGGCAAUGAAGCCUUUAUCGAUCAAGCCGAAGGAGCAUGCUUCGUUAUUCAAGUCGAAAUAUAACUUAAGCUGUAAACAAGGGUAUAAAAGGACAGAGUAUAACUCUACUGAAAAGAAGAAACUAUUUGAUCCAUCUAAAGCAAAAGGACGGCCUAAGAAGUUAGAGAGGUACCUCAGACCAUCUGGAUUAUAA